GUUAGCCUGUGAAUGUGUAGUUCUGCAAAGUAUCAUCACCUGAGUCCAUUUUGCAAGGGAUCUUUAUUGCUUGCUUGACCUCUGUGCCGAGGAAGGCUGACAACACUCUGUGCAGAACCUCAUGGGUGCCUUUGGCUCAUUUUACCCAUAACUCUUGAGCAAUGUGAAGGCAUUCUGGCUGAACUCCACCUCUUCUCAGUGUCAAAAGUGUGUGGGAUGUUUCCCUUCACUCAUACACAUGCUCUGUGCAGAAUAUGUGCUUACUUCGCCUUUGCUGCAUAAUGAUUUUGUAAGAAUCCAUCCAUGCCAGGAUCAUGUCUCUGCAGGCAUGUUACUGAUAUUAGGGAAAGUCAGCUUUAAUCUGCAGGCCAUGAAAGUGGGUGUGUGAGUUCAGAGUGAACAUGUUGUCAGGAUUACGGUUUAAUGAGGAUUUCAUAAAGAGACGCAUUUUAGAGCUCAUCUGCUGUUUUUAGUGAUUUGGAAGCCGUUCAGAUAAACUGUCUUUUUACUAAGUAAGGACUCAAGACUGUGCCCUACCAAGAAUAAUGGGUUUAAAAGAGUUUGCUUGUCGAGUGUUUUGAACAAACUGAUAUUUGGGAAUGCAGACGUACAGGUAAUUAAUAGGUGUGGACUCAGACUGUGUGCAUAACAGCAAUGGGAGGUAAAGGUGUAGCUGCAGAGGGAGGGGUGAGGUGCAAAAAACAGCCAGAGGGAGAAUCAGAGGGUGGAACUGACAGAGGCAGUCAGGAGAAAGGGAAAGGAAGGAGUAAGCAAGAUCAUUCCUGCAAACACUGAUUCACCCUCUCUGAGUACAGCUGGCAGUAGAAGAAGGCAGGCAUGGUUGCAGAUAAACCGGAGGACGACGCGAGCAGUCAGUGAGGGGGAAAACAACAAGCCCAUCAGCAGCCAUUAUUUAUCUUCUCCAUCUAUACACAGAAACCACUGGAUAAUUUAUAAGCCUCUCCCUUCUCACUGUGUGAGAGAGGGAAGAUUAGCUAAGCUCACCAACAUGCUGAGUCCUGCUGCUUUGAGUGCAGCUGCUGCUGCUGCUGUCUGGCUGCUGGCGCUGCUGGGCCCGGGCCUGUCUCUUCCAGCUGAGCAUGACUCUGAGGCAGGCUUCACCCUCUGCGACGACUGCUUCUACAGACAGACGCCUCCUCGGGGAGCCUCAGCUGAGCUGCCGCUGCACCAUCACUGCCACAGACUGCCUGGGGGACAGGCGCUCGCUACUCUGUCCAGGCCGACCUGUGACACCGCAGUCUGCUCUGCCUUCCAUCUCAGCCACGGAUGGACAGGGAAGGAGAAGGAGCAGAGAGGAGAAACUGUUACAGAGGUAGGAGACAGUGUCAAAGUCGCAGUUCCAGCUCUUCUUAGAGGAGGAGCAGGGGAUUUAUCUGAUGCCGCCUCACCCACAGACUCCCCUCUUCAACAGUGGGACUCGACAGUGGCAGCAAUGAUCCAGUCCAGCAUCAUGCCCAAGUGCGCCGCUUUAGGAGGGGGUGUCUACAUCCUGACAGGAGCAGGACGACUCGGGGCAGCUGAGGAUGGAGACGAGGAGUGUCAAACCAAGCUGCUGUGGUCUGCAGUGUGCUGCGCUCCUCCAGAGGGGAAGGAUGGCUUCAGUGUGGGGGUAAUCAAAGAGACACAGGCGGAGAGGCAAGUGAGCAUGAAGGAGCUGGAGGAGAUGUUAGGGGUGACUGAGCUAUUCUCUGAAGGCUGUGGGGGAGAAGACAGGGAGACAGCUGCAGCCACAGUGGGGCUUCACAGUGAUGGGCUUCAUGGAAAUGCUGCAAAAACAGAGGCAGACGAAACAGAUGAGAAUUCAGAAACUGGUGACCCGCAUGCAAAGGAGGGCAAAAAGGAGAGCUUCAAAGUGUCACUGCCUGAAGAGAGGUUUGGUGCUGAUGCUAAAUCAGAAAAUGCUGAUGUUUCUCACCUUUCAGAAGAAACCACAGCAGAAUUGGUCACUUCUGUGAGUAGCAGCGAGCAACAGUUCAGUGAAACAGUUACAGAAGAGGACUCAAACUCCACUAGCACUUUGGUCUUCCUGCUGUCCACCACCUUGUCCAUUCUCAAAGCUCCUCUGUGCCCUGUGUUCUCCAUCAUCACUGAAUUUCCUGCACAGGUGACUCACGUUUUUCAGGAAGAUCUCGAAGUUCUCUCCGCGCUGCCUGGUGACACCUUUACUCUGUUUCACCUCCUCAUGUCCGACCUCUUCUCCUGGACGGGAUCAGCCACAGAUAUGCUACUCGGUAUUGGGGAGACCUGCUUCUCCAGUGUUUACUACUGCGCUUCCUCGAUGGUGGAGGCUCUGCUGAGCAGCUGCCAAACUGGGUUCAUGGGCAUUGGCACUCUGGCUGGAGACACUGUGGGGAUUUUUGGUGGCGUACUGGAUAAUGGUUGGUGGGUGACCAAGUUCUUUGGAGGAAGGCUGUGGGAGCAGACUGAAAACUAUAUGGGGGCUGUGGUGUCAGAGAUGGGAGGUCAAGCUCAGGCUGUGGGUCGAGGACUGGGCAGGCUGGCCUGCCGAGGUGGGAAUGGAGUGGGUAAUGUGUUCAGCAUGGGAGGGAAUUUUGUAAUGGGAAUGUUAGAUGUGGUUUUUGGUGGAGCAAGAGAUUUUUUUGGGCAGUAAUCGGAGUAAAUGGUGAAAGGAUUAGACAAAGCCAUAAAUAAAGUGUCUUUAUUUGCAUUUUUUUAUUCGGUUUGCUAAAAAGUUAAAUAUUGACGCCAUUUGAUAUGCCUUAGAAAAGUUUUCAGAUUUUGUCUUAAUAAAUAUAUUAAAUUUCAAAUGUUGCACAUUGUUGCUACAGAUAACUGUGGAAAGCUGGCGGUCCAAAUAAUCUGCUGCACUUGAGAGGUCUACAUUUAGAGAAAAACACUGUGUUCACUGUGCUUUGGGAUGGAAAUGCUCGACUCAGCUUCUCUUUUUGAUUUUAGCACCUGUAAAUUUUAAUAAAGGAGAAUGCUGGCUUACAAUCCUAA